AUUUUUUAGAGUCUAAAUUAUUUAUAUUCAAAUCUUCACCUUAAAGUAAAAUAAUUCUAUUGUAAACGAACACAAAUUGUUCUUUAAACGACGAUUUUUAAUAAAAUACAACACGAAAAGGAUAAUGAUAAGACGUUCGCUCAAUAUCCAAUCACAAUUUGCGUUAUUCCUAUAAUUUGGAAUAAUUAAACCGUUCGGAACCUUUCUUGUGUCACCGUUCAAAGACACGUGUUUAUGUUGACGUUGGAACAGAGGGGAGAUCCCAAGUCUACAGCCACAGCAUCAUGUCUUUUUUAGUGGAUUCUUGUCUGAUGUUCUUUUCACAGGUCUUAUUUUUUGGUGGAGGCUGGGUUUUCUUUCUAAAGCAAUUAUUCAAGGACUAUGAGGUCCAUCACUCUGUAGUACUGCUAGUGUUUUCAGUGACAUUUUCGUUAUCCUGUACCAUGUUUGAAUUAAUCAUAUUUGAAAUUCUUGGAGUACUUGAUGCAGGCUCCAGAUAUUUCCAUUGGAAACUAGGACUCUAUGCCAUAUUAUCAGUGUUGAUUGUAGUGUUACCAUUCUAUAUUGCUUAUUUCAUCAUUUGUAAUUUAAGAUUUGUGCCUCAGAAACAACACGUGAGAGUACUAUUGACAUUUGCUGUUUGGUGUAUAUCUACUUAUUUCUUUUGGAAGAUUGGGGAUCCAUUUCCUAUUCUCAGUCCUAAACAUGGAAUAUUUGACAUCGAGCAGUGUAUAGGAAGAAUAGGUGUGAUUGGUGUGACUAUCAUGGCUCUGUUAUCAGGAUUUGGUGCUGUAAAUUAUCCAUAUACAUCUAUGUUUGUCUUCAUAAGGGAUGUUAAGGACAGUGAUAUACAAAGUAUAGAGAAAAGACUGAUGCAGACCAUGGAUAUGAUCCUGAUGAAAAAGAAAAGAAUUGCCAUAGCCAAGAGAGAAAGUUUAAAGCAGGCCAGUUUAACCAAGAAUCAAGGAGGAUUCUGGGGAAUGUUGAGGAAUGUUGGAUCAAGCUCAGGAUCAACAGAAAAUGUUGGUCAGUUAAAACAGGAGGUAGAGGCUUAUGAAGAGUUAAGUAGACAACUAUUUCUGGAAUCAGCAGAUUUGCAUAAUAUGCAGGAAAGAAUAGCCUAUGCUGCUACAUUUAAAGGAAAAUAUUUCAACUUUUUGGGAUAUUUCUUUUCUGGAUACUGUAUCUGGAAAAUAUUUAUUUCAACAGUUAACAUAGUAUUUGACAGAGUAGGAAAAGUGGAUCCUAUAACUCGAGGAAUAGACAUAGUCGUCAAUUAUUUUGGAUUUGAUUUCGAUAUAAAAUUUUGGUCCCAACAGAUAUCUUUUAUUCUGAUUGGUAUUAUCAUCAUCACAUCUAUUAGAGGAUUUCUACUGACUCUUACUAGGUUUUUCUAUGCCAUAGCCAGCAGUAAAUCAUCAAAUAUCAUUGUACUUGCUAUAGCUGAAAUCAUGGGGAUGUAUUUUGUGUCAUCAGUUUUGUUAAUAAGAAUGAAUAUGCCAUUAGAAUACAGAUCAAUUAUAACACAGGUAUUAGGAGAUUUACAGUUUAAUUUUUAUCACCGAUGGUUUGAUGUGAUAUUCUUGGUCAGUGCCUUGUCCAGUAUAGGAUUUCUAUAUAUAGCACAUAAACAAGCUCCGGAGAAGAACAUGAUAUAAAGAGAAUCAACAGACAAUAUUUAUUUUUAUUUGAGAUUUAUUAUGUACUUUUGUUUUAAAGUUAAUUGUUGAUUAAUAUAUGAAAAACAUGUAACAAUAUUUGUUUAAAUAUUUUGUUUUAAAUUCUUUAAACAUUGCACAAGAUGGUAAUUAAGGGUAGCUUGUAGUCAGUAUGUUUGUUCUGAAAUACGAUUUGACCCCUACUAGUAAAACCAGCUGCUGUAUGCUUGCAUGCCAUCUAUGAAAGUUGUUAAAGGCUCAGUAAGUAUGGAAUCUCACAUGACAAUCCUAGAAUAGCACAUCAUCAUUCCCCUAAAUCCAAUGAAUUGUGCCACGAAUUGGAAUAUAAAGACUAUUUUGUUGUCUGUUUAUAGAUUAAACACAAUUUUCAAUCUGGUUUAAAUUUAAGGCUUAAACUUUGUGCUCCUCAAAACAAGAACUAUAUGUAAUCAACCUUUUUCUGUCUUUACAAAGAGUCCCCCAUAAGAAAAGUGCAAGUAAGAGACAAUUGAAAAGUUUAGACUGGUACCCCUCAAACAAGAUAUCUAGAUGUCAAAAUAGUCAUCAACAGUUGACGGAUUUCUUUACACCCUGUACUGUACUGCAUGCUUUUUGUACGACUGCAAAAAUUGAAAAUUUUUUGGUCGUAUAUUGGUAUCACUUUGGAGUCGUCGUCGUCUGAAUACUUUUAGUUUUCGCACUCUAACUUUAGAAAAAGUGAAUAGAAAUAUAUGAAGUUUUGACACAAGGUUUAUGACCACAAAAGGAAGGUUGUGAUUGCUUUCGGGGUUUUGGUCCCAACAUUUUAGGAAUAAGGGGCCAAAAAGGGCCCAAAUAAGCAUUUUCUUGGUUUUCGCACUAUAACUUUAAGCAUAUAGAAAUCUAUGAAAUUUUGACACAAGGUUAAUGACCACUAAAGGAAGGUUGGGAUUUAUUUAUGGAGUUUUGGUUCCAACAGUUUAGGAAUUAGGGUCUAAAAAAGGGCCCAAUAAGCAUUAUUUUUGGUUUUCGCAACUUUAGUAUACAUGUAAGUAUAUAGAAAUCAAUGAAAUUUAAACACAAGGUUUAUGACCACAAAAGGAAGGUUGGGAUUGAUUUUGAGAGUUAAGGUCCAAACAGUUAAGGAAUAAGGGGCCAAAAAGGGGCCCAAAUAAGCAUUUUUCUUGGUUUUCGCACCAUAACUAUAGUAUAAGCAAAUAGAAAUCUAUAAAAUUCAAAUACAAGGUUUAUGACCACAAAAGGAAGGUUGGGAUUGAUUUUUUGAGUUUAGGUCCCAACAGUUUAGGAAUAAGGGGCCAAAAAGGGGCCCAAAUAAGCAUUUUUCUUGGUUUUCGCACCAUAAUUUUAUUAUAAGAAAAUAGAAAUCUAUGAAAUUCAAACACAAGGUUUAUGAUCAUGAAAGGAAGGUUGGGAUUGAUUUUGGGAGUUUUGGUCCCAACAGUUUAGGACUAAGGGGCCCAAAGGGUCAAAAAUUAAACUUAGUUUGAUUUUUACAAAAAUUGAAUCCUUGGGGUUCUUUGAUAUGCUGAAUCUAAAAAUGUACUUAGAUUUUUUUAUUAUUGGCCCAGUUUUCAAGUUGGUCAAAAUCGGGUCCAAAAUUAAACUUUGUUUGAUAUCAUUAAAAAUUGAAUAAUUGGGGUUCUUUGAUAUGCCAAAUCUAACUGUGUAUGUAGAUUCUUAAUUUUUGGUCCCGUUUUCAAAUUGGUCUACAUUAAAGUCCAAGAGUCCAAAAUUAAACUAAGUUUGAUUUUAACAAAAAAUGAAUUCUUGGGCUUCUUUGAUAUACUGAAUCUAAACAUGCACUUAGAUAUUUGAUUAUGGGCCCAAUUUUCAAGUUGGUCCAAAUCAGGAUCCAAAAUUAUUAUAUUAAGUAUUGUGCUUUAGCAAGAAAUUUUCAAUUGAACAGUAUUGUGCAAUAGCAAGAAAUCUUCCAUUGCACAGUAUUGUGCAAUAGCAAGAAAUUUUCAAUUGCACAGUAUUGCGCAAUAGCAAGAAAUCUUCAAUUGCACAGUAUUGCGCAAUAGCAAGAAAUAUCUAAUUGCACAAUAUUGUGCAAUAGCAAGAAAUUUUCAAUUGGAGUUAUCUUUCUUUGUCAAGAAUAGUAGUUGAAUCAACUUAAAUCAUUGUUUUUAUACAAUAUACAAUGUAUAUUCACUUUUACUACCAACUGAUAAAUUAAAACAAUCUUUACCAUUCAGUGAUAACAAGCACUUUUUUUACAUUUUAAUAUUUUAUGAUGUAUUUAAAGGGGUAAUUCGCGAUUUUUCACUUUUAAUCUUAUUAUGUUCAUAAUACCAUAAAAAAAACAUAUUCACCAAGUUUUAUUUCGAUGUGAAAAGUAAUAAAGAAGAAAAUUGGGAAUAAUUAAUUUUAUUUUUUCAAACUUCCUGACUUAUGUGACGUGUUACAAGUCUUUGAGCAUGCUGGGAGUGAAAUUAAUCUCAUUUAAGUCUUGUUUGUUAACGAACUAAUUACGCUAUUUAAAGCGCAUCAACAACAUUUGGUGUAGCUAUUAACCAACGAAAAGUAAGUGAUAGCCAUGCAACUUUUCAAAUUAGAUUGUAGGAUUUGUGUACGAAUUCUAGUAAUUUGAAGUAAAUAAUACAAUAGAACAUUUUUAUGAUUUUUUUCUUCAAAUACUUUAAACAAAUAUAUGAAACUGAAACGAUUGAUAGUGUAUUAAAAAUUACAUGUUUGUAUUCUGAACUUUUUGCUUCAUUCCAGCAAACAUUUUCACUUGCUUGUACUGUGGAAAUAAAAUGUGUAUUAAUUUG